UACAGAAGUGAGCUUCGUUCAAUCAACACCUACAGCUGUCCUAAGGAGUAGAAAGAAAUCUCUACUUCGAAUGUUCAUAACUUUACGGUAAACGUGUCUAUUUUAAUUCUGCAAUAUGGAAAAUAAUUCUGAGAAUCGAUUUAGAAAAGCAAAUAUGAUAGACGUAGUGCCAGAAAGAGGUGAACAAGAAAUAGCCCUAUCGGAAAGUUCUUUGAGAGAUGCUACGGAAACUAAAUAUGCGCCUGUAUAUAUUCAACCCAUCGAGGAUAAUUACGAACUUACACCCAUUCAAAAAUUUUACAGUGGUCAAAGUAUUUUUAUAACAGGUGGAACAGGAUUCAUAGGAAAGUUAUUGAUCGAAAAAUUGCUAAGAGAAUGUCCCGGUAUCACUUGCAUUUAUCUUUUGAUACGCACAAAAAAAGAAAAAAGUGUACAUCAACGCAUGAAAGAACUAAUCGAAAAUUCUUUAUUUUCCACUUUGAGAGAGAAACUACCAACAUUCCAGAAUCGUAUAGUCCCAAUCAAGGGCGACUGUACCUUGCCGAAUCUGGAUAUCUCAAUGGUCGAUAGAGCUACAUUAAUACGCGAGGUCUCAAUUAUUUUUCAUGUUGCCGCAACCGUUAAGUUCAACGAGAAAAUAAAAUUGGCGACAGAAAUCAACGUUGGAAGUGUAAAGGACAUAAUAAAUUUGUCCAAAGAAAUGCCAAAACUGAAGAGUGUUGUGCAUGUAUCAACGGCUUAUUCGAAUUGUUUUCAUAUUCCACUUGAGGAGAAAUUUUAUGACCCACCGAUAGAUCCCGACAAGUUGAUAAAUUUGGUGGACUGUAUAAAUGAAAAAUUGCUCGACGAUAUUACCCCACAAUUACUCGGAAAAUGGCCAAAUACUUAUGUUUAUACGAAAACAGUCGCAGAGAAUCUUAUAAAAAAGCGUGCUGACUCUAUACCGAUUGGAAUAUUUCGUCCAGGAAUUGUGAUAUCCACGUACCGAGAACCUAUCCGAGGAUGGAUCGACAACAAAAACGGACCAAUAGGAGUUACAACAAGUGUUUUUAUGGGAUUAAUGCGAACUCACUAUUGUGAUGGAUCGAUAAAUGUGGACUUCGUGCCUGGAGAUUUUACCACCAAUGGAAUAAUCGCUAGCGCAUGGGAAAUUGCAAAUAAUCGAAAAUCCAAUGAAGAUAUUCCCAUUUACAAUUAUAUAUCAAAGGACAAUCCAUUCACUUACGGCAGAUUUAUAGAAAUGAUACUUACGUAUGGAGAAUUGGUACCUUUUGAAAAGGCAAUUUGGUGCCCUAUCUUUGAAAUAACAAAAUAUCGGUCGAUCUAUCUUUUCUACGUAUAUUUUUUACAUUUACUACCAGCUCUUAUAAUCGAUACAUUCUCUUUGUGCAGAGGUAAAAACCCAAGGUUACUCAGAAUGUACAUUAAAAUUCACGAAAUGUCAGAUCUACUUAGUUAUUUUUGUAUAAACGAAAAAACAUUUACGAAUGAAAGAUGGAACGAAUUGUUGAGGAAGUUGACGCCCGAAGAUCGUGAAUUAUUCUUUUGUGAUAUGAAGGAUCUCGUUUGGAAUACUUAUUUUGAAACAUACUUCACAGGUGUAAGAAAAUAUAUUUUAAAGGAUCCUAUUGAGACACUCCCACAAGCUCGUAUAAAAUGGCGAAGGUUUUAUUUGAUGCAUCAAGGAUUGAAACUUAUUAUCGCCUGUGUCCUACUUAUCAUCACAUGGGCUAUGAUUUACAGACUACUUAUAACGUUUGGAUCUCUGUAAAAGAAGCAAAGAUAAGCAAAAAAAUGAAGGAUAAAAAUAAUGAUAAUUUAGGCUAUCGCGUAUGUACGAAUCAAUAAUUUCUUGAAUGAAAAUAAAUCAAAAUUAAACGGUUUUUAUUCGUGAAAUCUCGAACAGAUAUUUGGGUUAGAACUUUUUCCUUGUAUAGAUUGACUACGUCAUUUAUUGCAUAUAAUAUAUACUUAUUUUUUUAUAUUUAUUUUUUAUUAAAUGUUAAAUUGUGGUCAAAUGCUUAGCCAUGUGUUUCAUUCCUAAUCUUCAUUGAAACAAUGUAUCAUUUUUACUGGAUUUUCUCUUUUUUAGUGAAAAUUAAGAUAAAACGAGUAAGACAAUAAUUCAAAGUUCGUUCGACAAAUAUGUAUUUCAGAAUCAUAAUUCGUGAGAUUUGUUGCCGGAAUACUUAUUAAUUCCGUAUCAUUUUUACUGGUAAAUUCAUUAUUUUGGAUUUUUUUGUAAAGUGCAUUCAUUAUACUGAUAUCAAAUCCCCAAAAUUUAACCAAAACGUCGAAAAUUAAUUUCUAAAUGUAAAGUAUUUGAUUGUUAUGAGUCGCGUACGCUGACAGUUUAAACCUUCCGUGAUUGAGGGAAAAAGGCUAUCUACUUCUACUAAACUUUAUAGUUCGGUGCAACAGUGAGUACAUUCGACAACAAUAUCUGUACGUGACAUGAGCAUAAGGAAAUAAUGCUUGCUUCAAGCAUUUAUAAUUGCGAUAAAAGUGCAUCAAUUUUAUUUAUGCAAAAAAAGAAAUAUUUCCGGAAAUAAGUAAAUUAUAUAUUAAUUUUAUUCCCAUGCCAUAUUUCUCACAUAUUAAUACAUUUAUGAACGUUGUUUUUCGAUCGAGAUGAUCAAGAUGAGGAUACCUCAUAUAAUUUAAAGAAAUCUAUAGGUAAAUAUUGAAAGAUAGAAAUAUAUAAAUGUAUAUCAAUAUGAUGUAAAUAUUGUCUCCUUAUGUCAUGUUUUAUAAUUAUUUGUCGUUUAAAAAAGAGCUGAUGCGAUCAAAAGAAAACGUUCUUAUGCCAAAUAAAUAAAAACAUUUAUAAAUAAAAAUAUAUUGAAAAAAGUCGGAAUGGAUUUCUAACUGGUGUAAGGAUAAAUGGUGGAUUGAAUUGAUUUAAAGAAAAUCCAUGAUUUUUCUUUAUCAAAGUAGGGAACAAUUUUCUUUAUCCUGGAGAUCAUAUUGAUAUAGUAGUUACAUUUUUAUAGAAAGAUGUAUGAACAAGAUUAAUGGAAAAAUAGAGACCAAAUAGAAACAAAAAUUAUUCUAAAAAAUGCGGGUUAAAUAGUAUCAACAAAAAGUAUAUGUGCAUCGACAGAAAUGAAUCGAAAUAUUGUUAGAAUAUGAAAUCAAAUAAUGCGACGUAGUUGCAUUGCCUGCUGAUACGAAUAUGUAAACGGAAAAAUAUAACAAGAAUGAACGAUGUAAUAUUUGGGUUUAUCAAGAAUUCAGAAAAACACGAAUAGAAAUAAGACGUUUUAAGGUUAAUAAACGUAAAUAAGAAAAUGCUAUGGAGAAUUUGAAAAGAUAGUUAAUUAUAGCACUAUACCUUAUACUCAACAAGUAUUUUAUACAAAAUCAUUUUCCAAAAACUGUUUUAUCCUUCACAAAAUCUACUAUAUUUCUGGUAAUCUUUCUCCAGGCACGCACUCGGCAUCAUUAUCGAGUGUAAUAUAUGGUUCAUCAUUACUAUUUUUAAAUAUGGCUGAUACCAUAGUGUCGACAAAUAAGGAAGCUAUAUUUCGGUGGAAUUUAUAAUUUAAUAGUCCAGUCAAAACUACAAACUCGAACGCCUCCAUAAUAAGUUUACACAUUACUGUCGCAAGGUGUCGCCUAAGUUAUUGUUUUGUUUCUUCCACUCUUCUACUUCCCAAAAUCAAAAUUUUUUGACAAAGAUUUACGUUCAACAUAAGUUCUGGCUGUAAAAAAACCAUUAUUAUCAAUUAAUUAAUAACGUUGAUGGUGACGUGAAAUAUUAUUAAAAUGAGAAUCAUUAGAUACAGUUUUGAAAUAUAUUAAAAUGAAGAACAGAUCAACACGUCAUAAAUGGAAAGAUACAUUUCAGCUUGCUGAAAUGAGGAAAACGACGGGGAAGUGGAAAUGUAUUUUCAUGAAACGACACAAAAAUGGAAUCUCCUGAAAUUAACAUAUGAUUAUUGUAGUUCUAAAAUAUAAAUGAGAAAAAUUAUUAUAUUAUCGUAAUCGCUCUAUAAGGAACAAUAUAUCAUCGAACGUUCCUAAAAUAUAUAUAGUUAAAAAUUAAAUGAGACAACAAAUUAACCAGGAAAACUCGGAAUUAUCUACAAAUGAAAAUAAACUUAUCUCUAAAAACAAUGAAAAAGAAAACGAAGAUGGAAACGUCUACGAUUAUAGAAUCAUCUACUUUUGGAUAAAUUGACAAAGGAGAUAACUUCUGUGACAAAGAAAUAAAUGCGUAAGGAAGAAAAUACGAAAUUCUAUAGUAAAAGACAACAAAACUGCAACAACAAGAGAUAUAUAAGCUGCAGUUAUAAUUGUGGGAGAAUUGAAAUUAUCAAUAAAGGAAGAAAUCUAAAGUUAUGCAACAAAGGAAGAAAGUAAACAAGAAGAAAAACGCUUAGUAAACAUCUUUAGUUAUAUGUACCUGCACCUCUGCUGACACGCUUCUCCAAAUUACCAUAAAUUCAUGGUACUGAUGUGAUAUUGCCACAUCUUGAUAUAUCUCACUCUUUUCCUAUGUGUUUUCACUGUGCAAUUGCUUCUUGUAAAGGAACAGUGUUUUAUCGCUGAAGAAGAAGAAGAAAGAAAGGGCAGUCAGUUUUAAUUCAAUAAUCAACAAUCUUAAUUAGAGAAUGUCUGAAAUGAUUCUUUCCAAUCGGUUCAUAACCCUGUAAAUCUAUUAAUAUGUACAUAUUUGUGUCAUAUUUCAUCUAUUUUUACUCCUUAGACUAUAUUAAUUGCUAACGAUUGAUCUACACUAUUUCUUACAAAUAUGUAGGAAGAGAAAUAAACUAUGAGAAUAUUUGGAUUGUCAGAAAAUAAGCGUAAAUAAUUUUUUAUUUCAAACUCACAGGUAAUUUCUUUUAUUUUAUAGUAUUUCAUACUAAUUACAUUCGAAUUGUAUUUUUUCUCUGCAUAUAUAUUUCGAUGUAAGUCAUUUCAAAAGUAUCUCAAUGAUUAUUAAUAUAUUAUUUUAUUUUCUCGUACACGUACUGAUUAAGUUCUUUGAAAAAUUUCUAAUUUUGUGUCUCAAUAUAGAAAAAAUAGCGGUUUUGUGAUUUGUAAAUAGUUAUCUAAAAUUUAAAAUGCGAAAUAUAUAUAUAUAUAAAUUAUAAAGUCAAUCAUAAGUAAUGAAAUAUAUUAAAAUUAUAAAUCAUUCUGUAUUAGAUUAAAAUUUAUAUUUUAUAGUUGUGCGAAUAAAAUGCAAAGUUAGGUAGGAAUUGAGA